UCUGCUUUUGUAGCAUCCCUUAGAGCUCGACGUCCACCCAUUCAGAAACUCGAAUGCGGAUAUGGCGGUGAUUCAGAAGAAAGUUCAGAUGCAAUAUCCAAACCUCUAUGUGGCUUGCGGCAGCUCUAGCGUCUUGAAAUAGAGGUCCUUAACACACAAGCACUUCUUCACUUGACAUGUUGAAGUAUCUGGACUUCAGCCUGAGGCCGUACAACAUUAACGGGAUCCAAUCCAAUUCCACUCCAACAUUUUCCUCUCAACUCGAUCAAGUGUGCAUCACUACACCAUCACCGUCUGUUCUUACUCAUUGUCUCAGAAAUGUCCGGUUUUUCUCCUGUCAAUCCGUGAAUUUGUACAUCGAUACCGAUGAUUUAGAGAUCCCGUAUGGCCCACUGGAUAUUCCAGACCUCGUUGCCUCCUCGAAAUGUUUCUCUCCUGCUCUCGAGACACUCCAUUUCGACUUCGACAUCGAUCUCAGCAUCCUUUUCUCAAUGGAGCUACUUGCCAAUCCUAGCUAUGCUCCUGGCUUCGACGUUGUUGCCCCAUUGCUGUCGUUUGGUCGCUUAAAGAACUUACAGCCUAGUUGGAUAUCCACUUCGGCCAUCGAUGAUGCCUCACUCAAGACAAUGGCCAAUCCUUACCUCAACUCGAGAUUGCCUCGUUUGGAACUGCGGCUCAUUUGCUGGUCCGCCAUCUCUCACUUUCACAGGACUCGUCCACCUCAUACGUUAUUGUCGGCGCUUGCGCAGCAUUGACAUGUCCUUUUGUGCAUCUCCAGUCGACAUCAACAGCGAGCCUUUUUCUAAAACGGUUCCCAGUGAGAAGAUCACCAGACUUUUUGUGGGGAUUUCUAUAAUAGUCGAUCCCACCACCG